AUGCAAAUACUUCCUUUCUGCUUUCAGAAACAAUUAGCAUCGGCUCAGCCCCUACAUGUUCAGCUAGAACAUCCUACACCUGUACGAUUAUAUCGAAAAUUUACACGAAAAUCUUAUCCAGAGGAAGAAGAAGGUUAUCCUUUAGAUUCAAAUCACACACAUUUUAUUCUGUUAGAUGACUGUCAGAAAUAUCCUUCGCACGUACUAAAAGAUGACAAAUGCAGAAAUUGUGAGAUUGAAGAGUGUUGGGCACACAAGUACAAGUCUAAAUUUCGAUCAGAUUUGAUACUGAAUUUGCGCCCGGCAAUCGAAAAAGAAGCAAGAAAUGUUAUAAUUCAAGGAAAAGAAGAUACGGUGCCAAUAGUUCAGAUUUUAGCUGAAGGAGGACCAUCAUCUAUUCUAACAGUUCUUGAAUCAUUAGAUGUUGAAACACCAGUAAUUGUUAUUGAUGGAACUGGACGUGCAGCCAAUUUUAUUUCCAAUUGUUAUCGAGCUCUAUAUGGUACAGCGAAAGAGCGAUCUGAUGAACUUUAUAAGAAAAAACAAACUGAUGUCUUGUAA